UAUUGCAACCGAAUGCAUUUCCCAUGGGAAACAUGAAAAUGACGAACCGCUGACUCUAUCCGUGCGUCCUCUUCAAGCAAGCGUCGUGCUGCGGAUAGUAGCGCCGAGGCCGAUGCUUCCGCCGGCGAGGAAAACGAUGGCGUCACGAUGUCGCUUGGAGUCGAUCGUCUCCACGAUUGUUUCUGUCCAUCCCCACGAGAUUCCUGCUUUGAUUCACUCCUCUUCCUGCUUCUUCUUCCUCCUGAGCGCCUAUUUUGUGAUUCUUCCACUGCGGGACGAGGGAGCUAUAUCUUUGGGCCUAGACCACCUCCCAGGACUCUUCAUGGGGUCUCUGAUUCUGACGCUCGUUGCCGCCCCUGUCGCAACGCUAAUAUUCUCGCUACCGCAUAUCUCCAAAGCCAAGGCAUUGGUCUAUAUACACAGAUUUUUCAGUUUAUCCCUUAUUUUUUUCCUUUACCUGUGGUAUGCAUCUUCUGAUGGACCAACAGUAUCAACAUCCAAGUCUUUAGUUUCUCAUUCUUCAUCACCUGAGGAUAUAGGCAGUUCUGGAACCCCAGAGGGUCAUACAAUUCAUGAUGGGUGGGGUAAUCAUGGUUGGUUUUAUAUAAGUGUCCGUAUUGGAUUAUUCCUUUGGGUUUCCUUGCUUAAUCUUAUUACAAUAUCAUCAACAUGGGCACGGGUGAUUGAUAUCAUGGACAAUGAGGUAGACUUGCAGUCAGGUUCAAGAUUGUUUGGCUUUGUUGGUGCUGGUGCUACACUUGGACAGUUAUGUGGUUCAUUAUUUGCUGCAAGCAUGGCUUGGCUAGGACCAUUUUUGCUCCUAGUUUCUGCUCUAUUGAUGGAGCUCGCGGCACAAUCAUCUAAAGGGAUCAUUCUUGAUCGAAACCGUGUUCCAGGAGAAUUAUCUUGUACAAGGGAAGAUAAGCAUUUUGAAGCUGAUGAUGAAAAAUCUACUCUUAUACAAUCUUCUCCCAAAUCACCUGCUUUCAUAGCAAAAUAUCAAUUUUUUGUUGUGCUAGAAGGGCUAUGGAUGAUAGUUUCAUCAACUUAUCUCAUAUGCGUGUCUUUAUUUCUUUGGCUGAGUGCAGUUGUUUCCUCAUUCUUCUAUUUUCAGAAAGUAACAAUAAUUGCCAUGACUGUUACCAGCCCUGUUGCGAGAAGAAGAUUGUUUGCUCUAAUAAACAGCUUCAUUGCUGUUUUUAUAUUUGCCGGACAACUUACUCUAACGGGUCGCAUUCUUACAGCUGCUGGUAUCACAGUUGCUAUUUGUGCAGCCCCAUUUGUUGCGAUUGCAAAUAUGGUUGCACUUGCUGUUUGGCCUACAUGGAUUACCGUGGGUGUCUCUGAAACCCUUAGAAAGGUAAAUACAUAUGUUGUUACGAGGCCUGGAAGAGAACUCUUGUUCACUGUUGUUUCACAGGAGGAAAAGUACAAAGCCAAGGUCUGCAUAGACGUUAUUGUUCAAAGACUUGGUGAUGCAACUGCUGCUGCAAUUUAUAAAAUACUUUUUGGAAACCUUAACAAGGGGCCAUCUUCAGUUUCUAUUUAUGCUUUACCGUUAUGCUUUUUGUGGUUAGCCAUUGCGUAUCAUUUGGGUAAUCGCCAAGCCAAUCUUGCGAUGUUGCAGGCUACAUCUGCUCAUUAGCUUCGUUAAAAAAUAUAAAGAAGGUGAAUCACGCAGGGGGGAUUGCCUGAAAUUACACACAAAAUUAUAUACAACUUGAUUUCAAAAUAGAACGUUUACUUCAUAAAAAUAGCCAUAGUCUACACAUUUUGCGGCAACAUCAUUAGUUUUAUUUAAAUAUUUAUCAGAACAUUCACUUUACAUCCCAAAAGUUAGUAGAUCCAUGGUACUAAUUGUAGGUCCAUUUAGCUGUUAUUAUACUGGUUUCGUUCUCUCAUCUGUUGGGCUACGUGAUAUUGUGAACGCAGGAUAGGAGGUUUUUAUAUUGAGUAGUUUCAAUUUCUGACUCUGCUGAGAGCGCCCCAAGUUUUUUGUUCCAUAUUGUAAUGUCAUGAAAUUCCAUAUGUGAUGGGCCAGAGCAGGAGAUUUGUGGAUCUAAUUAGACUGGCUAAAGAUAACCAACUGGAAUCCAUUUUUAUAAUGUACUCUUUGACAUUAAUUUAUGCGGUUUAAACUUUCUGGUCAAAUGAUGUUUAGAUUUUAAA